AACCGGAAGUGGGGGUGCUGCUGCUGGUGCUGGGGCCCGAGGAGGGACGCGCCGGAGCGGGGCCGCCGGGACUGAGCGAGCGACAGACGCGCCACCCGCCGACGCCGCAGCCGCUUAGGGCCCGCACGGACCCUCUGCCUGAGUGAGUGCAGCCAGGGUCGCGGGGAACCAGCGGCUUAGAGGUAUAGAAUGAGCCAAGGGGAUUCAAACCCAGCAGCUAUUCCACAUGCAGCAGAAGAUAUUCAAGGAGAUGACAGAUGGAUGUCUCAGCACAACAGAUUUGUCCUGGACUGUAAAGACAAAGAGCCUGACGUACUGUUUGUGGGGGAUUCCAUGGUGCAGUUAAUGCAGCAAUAUGAGAUAUGGCGAGAGCUUUUUUCCCCACUUCAUGCACUGAAUUUUGGAAUUGGGGGAGAUACAACAAGACAUGUUUUGUGGAGACUAAAGAAUGGAGAACUGGAGAAUAUUAAACCUAAGGUCAUUGUUGUCUGGGUAGGAACAAACAACCACGAAAAUACGGCAGAAGAAGUAGCAGGUGGAAUCGAGGCCAUUGUCCAGCUUAUUAACACAAGGCAGCCGCAGGCCAAAAUCAUUGUAUUGGGUUUGCUACCUCGAGGUGAGAAGCCCAACCCAUUGAGGCAAAAGAACGCCAAGGUGAACCAGCUUCUCAAGGUUUCCCUGCCGAAGCUCGCCAACGUCCAGCUCCUGGACACAGACGGGGGCUUUGUGCACUCGGACGGUGCCAUCUCCUGCCACGACAUGUUUGAUUUUCUGCACCUCACGGGAGGGGGCUACGCCAAGAUCUGCAAACCCCUGCAUGAACUGAUCAUGCAGUUGUUGGAGGAGACCCCUGAGGAGAAACAAACCACCAUCGCCUGACGGGCUCCCAUCAGUGUUACUCGCACCCCAGCUUCCUCAGAUCAGUUAUAUCACUGGCACUACAGAAUCCUUCUCUUUCCUAAGGCACUUUGCAUUGUAGAAUGUUCCUGGAUGUUCAUAUCUAGUGUUUGAAGGGGAGGAGGGAUUGAAACUGGUCCUGUACAUAGAAGGUUGGUUUGACACAGGAGACAAAUUAGCCAAGGAAGAUUGUUGUUUAAAUUCGUUUGAAACCAGAAGGGGACUUUUUAGUUGUAUGUGUGACACAUUCAUUGAAUUAUCACAGUUUUUCCUAGGACAACAUCGAGCCUAAGGACUGAACAAAAUGAAGAUUUUCUUUUUCUUGGCCUUUCUUUCUAUGGAUUAUGUCAUGUAUAGUAACAAUCAGGAUCACACCUGCUUGGCUUUAAAACAGAUGUCUUUUCCAGUUUUUUAAAGUUCAUAAUUUAGCUCUUUGUUUUUAGUUUGCUUUACUUCUAUGUAUUCUCAACAUUUUCUUAACAGCAUCAGAUUGAACGUGCUUGUGAUUCAGAUGUGGGAGAUGCUAUGGUUACAAGUGAAUUUGUUCCACUCUCUUAAUCUUUCCCAUGUUUAGCAGUGGAAGAUAAGUUUUGCCCCAUUUGGGGGACUCUACGGAGGGUAUUAUUUUUAUGCUGCUGAAUAUCAUGUCUAUAAUAGACCCAUGCAUGCAGCCUUUCCUCCCUAUUUCCCCUCAUCCCCUCUUUGUUUUGGGGGGGGUCCUUAUUGACAUUACAGGCUUUUAACACAUUUUUGACCUAGGAACUCUGUUGCUGGAAGUGUAAGUCCCCAGCCAGUUCCUGUCAUGAUGAUAGUACUGAUGUGCGGCUCAUUCUCGUGUGGUGCUCUGUGCGUAGUCUGUGUAGUGCUGUCCAGAGUCGGAGUUCUGGUUUGGUUUGGUUUGUUUUUCCCUCAAAAUGUGUUACACUUUCCUGUUUUGGAGAAGAAAAAAAAAAGCAACCAGAACUCUUUUUCCUAUUCCAUAAGCCCUGACAUUAUUUCAAGUUUUAUAGUAUCUUAGGGUGUAUAUUGUAUUUUUUUUAUUGGCUUCAUUUUUAAAUUGUAUCAGUCCAGAAAAAUUUGGCCUUUUCUCAUGGGGAGAAAUGGAGCUUCUGUUCAGAAUAGGCAUUCUACCUUGAUCCCACCAUUUUAGUGAAAAAGAACUAGGUUUGUUUGACUUGCAGGGUCUGAGAAUUUCUUUCAAGAGAGCUCGUUAUAAUCUUAAUGGUUGGUUGAGCUUCAAGAACUGCCAUUUUAAAAUAAUGGAACAGGACAUGGUUUAUUGUUCAGUUUACCUAUGGAAAAUGUACAAACUGGAUCUACAAACAAAUAUUUUAAACUGGACCAGGUGGGUAUUGGAGUAACCUAUUAAAAUGUGCUCUGCACUGACUCUCCUUACCAUUCAAGUUCAGUGGCUAAGGCAUAUGUUUGAUGUUCUGCUUGCAAGGUGAGUGUCAGUGCUUUUGUGAGUUGAAGGGGUUUGCUGAUUUGUGCUAAGAGCCACUUCUGAUUGAGAGGGAUAGAACUUGGGCUGAUGUUUUUCUUGUGAAAUGUCUUUCUAGGAAUAUUUUUGGUCUUAGUUUGUUUUUUUUUUAAUACAUUUCUGAAUGUAUCAUGUCUUCACUAACGACAGAAAGUACACGUGAUGUUUACUAGACUUGUUUCCCACAUUAAGGUUCCCUCUCUUUUUAGGAGCCCAGAUUCUUGAGUUUUCAGGACAGGUCUUUUCGUAGCUGAGGCAUAGUUCUAAGGAGGGCGGAGACUUCAUGAAGCCAGAAGUUUGUGUGUGAAAAGACCGAUUCUUAUCCAGGUCUUUUUCCAUUUGUCAGAGGGUGGGAGUAUCAUCCAAACAAACCCGUUAGGUUAUUCCUGCAGCAUGCGCUCUUAGCUUCCCUCUGGACUAAGGAUCAAAUAGCCCUUUGUGAGCUGGCCUUUGGCUCCUUUGCUUAUGUGUAUAAACCUCGGGUGUUACUACAUUUUAUACCUACCAGAGCUAUUCGAGCAAUAGUAUUUGAACCACUAGCCUUUUAAAUAAAAGUCUGCCCCAUUGCUAAUAUGCAGAGACUGAGUCCACUUUCAUUUCUUGCCCGCUUUCUUUCACUGCUUUAGGCAAAAAGUGUUCAUCUGUUUUCCUUUGAUUGAGAUCCCUGUUUGCUACAAUGACAGAACUUAAUGCUUACUCUUCGGAUUUCUCUCUUUAUACUUCUCAUGUAAAUGUAAUGCACUGUCCAAGUGAAAUGUCCUAGUUGUCAUUGUGAUUAAGGGGCCAACUUUCCAGACAGCUAGCAGAGGUGUUCCAGUCCUCCCCCCAGCAAGUUUUAAUUCCUUUGCCCUUCCAUUCCCGAUACCUAGCUGGCAGCCAGUGAUGGCUAUGGAUUUCUGUGGGCACAUUGUGAAUGUGGCAGGCUGAGGUUGUACUGCCAAGGGUCACCUAAGGCAUGUUGUUUUGCUGCCUCCAUAUUCUGGGCUGCCAUGGGCAGUGGUCUGGCGCCCACUUAGGGUCUUUUUGGACUGUUGGGGGCAUCUGUCUAAACCUAAAUCUUCUGUGAAAAACCUUAACCCAGCAAAACAAAUCUUGAGUAGCUCAUGCCCUGUUCUUAAGAAUUCUGCCUCUCGUUGUAGAAACAAUAACAACAAAAAAACCCUUUUUUUAAAAAUCUAGUCACUGUUUACAGUUGUAUGCUAAAGCCUGAAAUAUUGUCUGUGCUGUGGUGUAUGAGCAUUGCCAAUUUUAUAUUUAUUGCAGUGAAGAAGAAACUAAAAAUAUAUGAAAAUGAGGAGCGUGUCCACGCUCCUAAAUCCGUGUGGGUGCAUGUUGGAGAAAUGAGUUGGGCUCUUUUAAAAGGAGGCGUUUUGGAGUGGGGUCUCCCAGGCUUCUCCUUGGUGUUCCUGCUUGGGGAUCACUGCUGCUAGCUGACUGGACCUCCCCAACAGAAGUUUGUGAUUCUGCUUUGGCGAAGUUUCAUUGACUAGUAGAACUCAUUCUGUUUUAGUGCAUAUUUCAAUAUAAAUGUAAACAUUUCACUCAAACUUGUUAUGUCGUUCUGUCUCCUUUAUCAGAGUCUGGAUUCCAGUGGAGGAAAAAAAGGGAUGCUUUUUUCCCCUGCCUUAUCACAGGCACAUUGGAUACUUAGAACAUCCUGCUGCUUUUCCGGGGAACUGAAUGUACUGAGCUGACUGUCAUCGCAUCUUGAUCCCAGGGCUGUAGGAGGGAAGGGUGGGGUGAGCAGAUACAAGGAAUCCGAACUAGACACCUGGGGAAAUUGUCAAAGGAAGUAUUUCAGAUUGGUUAGGAGUAUCUGUCAGUUAAAAGGAACUGAUUCUUAAACUGUUAAAUUGACCUCUUGGUCUACCUUUUUCCUAAUUUCAAUCUUUAGAAUUUAUUCACAUUAAAUUUGUAAUUUCCAUUGUUUCUUGCUCUAUUCCUCACACUAGUAAUUUCAUCAGUUUCCUUUUACUCUUCAGACUGUCUCUGACUGUCUCUUUCUGCUUUUGCCCCCAGCAUGCACUCAAGCACUUCAAAUUAAUCGGACGAUUCUAGGGAGAAAAUCGUACUAAUACUACAUAGGUGUAUCCGUCCCCAUUCUGCCUUUGGCUGAGAGGUCCAGGGAGAUGUGGAUGGUAUAUGUCUAAGGAGUCCUAUAAUUUUGGUGCCUGAGUUGGGAUUUGAACCCAGCUUUACCGGAUUUCAGGGUCCUUGCCUUGCCACUAAUUCAGUCUGGACUGUCUUUCUUGUAGAUUCUGAUUCAGUGAGUUGAUGUUAGAUAACAUCCCUAGUUUCCUUUCAGUUGAAGGUGCUGGGAAUGAAGUGACCAUCUCGCUCGGACCAAGUCAACUGCUUCUUCAGACCUUUCUGCAGCCGAAAUACUCCUUCUCCGUUCUGUUCUCCACACAGCCACACGAUUAUUAGAAUUUAUUUAAAGUGGGUUACCUGGCCAUCUUGCUUUCCACCUUAAAACCAGCAGUAGAAUGAAAUUGUGUUUUUGGAGCAAGAAUUUUUGGUGGUACACAUGAAGGGGUUCAAAGACUGCUUGGCUGUUAACAUGUCAGUAAGUUCAGACUGACAGGAAGACGCUUGGGUAAAUGAAGUUUAAGAUCUAAAGGAAAUAGGAAAGUGUAAGUAUAGUCAAAUGGCAGAAAGAUAAUUAAAAUAGAAAGUUACCAGCUUCCAUAUGCUGAGGAGUGGGGGUGGGGCCCACAGGGGUAGAUGAAAAUAUGGAGGGUUCAUUCAUACCAGGGACGUUAAAGCACAGCCACCUCCUUUGCAGCCCACCCUUUCCCAGGAGUCUGGAGUGUGUGUGCAGACAGGCUGGUGGUAUGCUGUAGACUGCUUCAUCCGAACUGGAUGAAUGGCGUCGAUGGCAUCAGACUCCUAACAUGAUGUGACCACGGAGUUCAGGACGGAGCCUCGAGCAUGGACACAGCUCUGACGUAGCACGUUUGCCUCCCCAGUCUAAAACAGCCUGACCCAAGUAUGACCUCUUUAUAGCCAUGAUACUAGAACAAGGGUCAGUUACUCAGCUGGCCCAUUAGGGCCCAACCUGAUGACUAGCCACCAACCACGCCAGCAGUAAUUGCAGCAAAUUGAUACGCCAGUAAAAUGUUCCUUAGCAGCUGCAAGCUUCUAUGUUCUUUUGUAUCAUCUACUUUACCACUCUUCACCACACUGAUGCUACUGGGUUAAACUGGUUUACUCCUGUAAGAGAAUGGAAUAUGGAGAUACUAAGAUAUUUCUGUCUUUCUAGUUGUCUUCCUCCCAUAUAUAAUCAUACCAGGUUUGUCUCUACCCUCUCCUCCCCCAGAGGCUUUUUGCCUGUCAGUGGCUCACUGGUUCCCCUGAAGUCACAGAGCAGCAGUGAAAGCAACCUAGGCCCUUUGUUAAGUGUAUCCAAACUACUACCCCACGUGAACUUCUUCACUGGUCCAGAACGAGCGGGUAGGGGGGAAGGCUCCCUCACCAGCACCCACUUGGGGAAAAACGACAAAACCAGCAGGAGAGUCAGUCCCAUCUCCUACUUUUCUCUAGUCAUAGCAGGGGAGAAAUCUCACUCAGCUACAUAUUUUUACAUAGUAUGAAGCAAAGUCCUUAGAGGUUUGAUAAACAUGUAGUCUUUAUUCUACUCUGGCCUGAUUUUAUGCUGUCAAUUUUAUGAUCUCAAAAAACAUUCUCCAUACUGCUCAAGCUUUGACCGUGGCGACACGUCAGUAUACUGCAGCAGGCUCAUCCAUAACUGCUGAUAGUCCAAGCCAUGAGAACCUCCAAUGCUCUCCAUGACUUGACCCUCUUCCAUUCAUAUCCUCCCACCCCUUUGAACCUUCAUGCCAAUAGCACUGAACUUCGAGUCUAUGACUUUACUCCAAGUUGAGACCCCUUGUCUGGAAUAUGCUCCUACUCCUUUGCUAGGCUCGCUUCUACUCAUCUUUUCAGAACCCCCUCAGGACCACCUCCUGGGGUGUUCUCUGACUUCUCCUGAUUCCCCUGCUUUCCAGCUCUGGUUUGUACUAGAUCGCUCGUCUCUGGGUUCCCAUAAUACCUUGUGUAAAUCUUUAAUCAUUGCACUUACUCUGUAUUAUAUGCUUACCUAUUUGUCUACACUGUUAGAUUAUGCAUUCUUAAGAACAGAGAAUGUGUUUUAAGUAUCUGUGUUCCCAGCACCUAGCUUAGUGACUAGUACAAACUAGGCAUUGAAUAAAUGAAAGAGUGAAUGAA